AGUCAAGAGGAUAAGACCAACUGCUUUCUCAGAAAUGCUCGUGUUUUUUUUUGCAGUAUCUUUUGUUUCUUUCUUAGGUAGUUUUUCAGUAAAGCUUUUUCUGGGUUUCUCGGUAAAACUUUUUCCUGGGUUUCUCAGUAAAGCUUCCUCUGUGAGUGUGUGUGUGAGAAAUGGAAAAGCUGAGUUUGGAUCAUUUGCCACCUGGGGUCAGAUUUAGUCCGAAGGACCCGGAGUGCAUCGAACUCUACCUGAAGAAGAAGAUCAUAGGGAAUGAUAAAGACACUUGGUUUAUUCCCGAAAUUAAGUUCUAUGAAGAUGAGCCCUGGGACUUACCAAUUAAAAGUGGGAUUGCUACGGAGGACCAAGAGUGGUUCUUCUUCACUGAACAGAGCCUGAAGCAUCAGAACGAUAAUCCAAAAAAGAGAAAAAGGGGUCAGAAACAGGAACUGGUGAACAGGCAAACCAAGGCUGGGUUCUGGAAAUCAACUGGUCCAGAUCGGGAAAUCAAGUCUGGAGGGAUUGUGGUUGGAAUGAAGAAGACUCUGGUCUUCCAUAUAGGGAGUAAUAAGAGAGAAGAGAAGGCAAUAAGGACUAAUUGGGUAAUGCAUGAGUACAGAACAACCCAGAAGGACUUUGAUGGAAAACUCCCCGGUCAGAAGGCCUUUGUACUUUGUCGCUUAUUCAAUAAUGAAGAAAAGAGUAACAAAGGUGGACCUGCAAAAUCUAAGCCAGCACUGUCUGAUGUUACAGAACUUGUUCAGUGUAACAACGACAACGACUAUGAUAAAGCAUAUGUUGCAGAAAAUCAAGCAGCAAAAGUUGAUUUAAGUGAGGAGGACAUAGAACUUCUCAUGGGUGCAUUCUAUGUCCCUCCAGAGGACUCUCCAUCCAGUUUACCCCUCACCACUCCUGAUGUUUCAACUCCGAUCACUGUCAAAACUUCUCAUAAAGAAACCCAAUCUGAACCAACAUUGGCUCCAGCAUCUCAAGAAUUGCCGGAGCAAGCUGAAUACCAUCCAAUUAAUUGCAUGACAAGAUUUGACAAUGCAGCACCCCUUGCAUGUAAUGAUGAUUAUAAUGCAUAUGCUGCAGAAAAUCAAGUGGCAGAAGUAAAUACUACAGAAGUUGACCUCGAUCUGGAUAUGGACAAAGCCUUUGAAAUGUUCUAUAUCCCUCCAACAGGGCCAUUAGAUUGCAACCUUUUCUCCCCAUCAACUUUAACCCCCGUUACUGCUGUUUCAUAUCCUACCACAGCUGAAGCUUCUCUUGAAGCGCAGUCUAUGCUAGCCCCAGUUUCACUGUCUCCAGAAUUAGGCAGUGAAGCUGACAAUUAUCGCACAAGUUUUCGAUGUCUUCCUGAAGAAAAAUAUGAUGCAAUAACAACUAAGACUAUAGUGCCCAUUGAGUACAAUGGUUAUAACACUUAUGUUGCAAAAAAUCAAGUGGCAGAAGUGACAUCUGAUGUGGUGGAGGCAGGCUCAAAUAUGUUCCCUGACACACCACAGCCACUAGGCUGCGACAUGUUAUCCCCAUUACACUCACACAUGCAAGCAGAGUUAGGUUCUUCUUGCAUCUCUUACCCUUUUACCAAUGACUUAAACAAUGGUUAUUGGAGGGUGCAUCACCAAUCUGGCAUGAAUGUGCCAGCUCCCAAUUUCUCCAAGUCUGGGGAUUUAACUCUUAUUAAUCCAGAUGAGUGCUUUCGUAAAAUGUCUAGCAGUCAAAAUAAUCCUGCUUUUGAUGAUGGGACCCUGAAAAACAUGGUCUCUGAUAAGGACAAUGGGUCAUGCAGUGGGUCAGAUGCCAAUGUGCUGCCGUUCACGCUUGAGGAUCUAGAAUUGGAGUUGCUUGAUGAGAUCUUCAAUCCAGAGGUUUCAUCAGGGUUGUUAAAAUCAGGAUCAUACUUAGGAUCUCUAGGAGGGUCUGCGGGAUCAGAUCAUAGGAUCUGAUUGAAGAUACACUUACCAAUAUUAGUAAGUGUAAAAAUUAAAAGAAUUAUUAGCCUUUCUUGGAAAGAAUUUAUCCAAGAAAAAAGAAAGAAAGAAAGUUGUUCUCAGAAAAGAGUAAAAGAAUUUUUAUUACUCUGACAACAAAUUGGACCUCUUCCUUUUCCCACUUACAUACAUUUACAAACAUUCCCCAAAGUCUCCUCAAACCGAUUCACUCUUUUUCACCUCAAAAGAGAAUUUUAGUAUAUUCCAACCAUCUUUCCCUCUACUCUCCCCUCUGCCCCUUCCAUUUCCCUCCAGUCCAAACAUAGUGCUAUUGUCUUUUACAAACCACAGACCCAUGGUAUUUUACAUUCAAAAGCCUACGGCCUCCUUCAACAACUCAAAUUGACUACCACCCCAUUUCCCUCUACUCUCCUCUGCCUCACCCCACCCCCCAAAAAAGUAUAAAAAAAACUACCAGAUUGGGCUUAUUUCAGCUCCAAGUUGAAUUUAAAGGUUUCUCUUGGAAAACCCAAUCUAGGUCAGGAUUUUAAUUAAUCCUGUUCUUAAUAGACUUCUAGUUCUGGUUGAAGUCAUUGAUGUUUAAGAUUUGUAGAAUUGUGAGAUCGAAGAUCCUUGAUUGAGAUUUUAACAACCCCUGGACUCUGUUACAGAGUGAAACAAGUACAAUCGAUUACUGUACCGUACCGUCACUUCCCGUGUAUAAUGUUGGGGAGCACUGGACAGCUUUGGUGUUCUUACGAGAGAACCUUACAAGUACAAUGCGUCCUCAUUUGCCGGUGCUGUGAACAAAUUAUAUAUGUAUAUAAUGAAUUAAGCUAUCGUUUGGAAUUAGUAUGAGGAUUUGGCAACUACGAAAAUGGAAGCAAGGCUUCAUUGUUGUUAAAUCUGUAUGCAGUGUGAUUUAUGUUUAAGCUGUACUGAUAAUUGUCUACUUCUGUAAACAUGUAAUGAUAUGUACUCUUAAGUCAA